UCUUUCGGAAAGGAGAAAAUGGGGAGUUAAGCAAAGGGAGGUGGAUGACAACUUAGAGAAUAAGUGUGAGAGAGACAUGAAGAUUAUACAUCAUAGAGGAUAGGAAGGGAUACAAAGAUUUAGUCUGUGUUGGCGCAGACUCUGAUACAGCCAAUCGUUGAACCGCGACUACCAACGACGCUACCAAACGUGUAUCCGUCGUCGCAGCUAAGUCCUCCGUUCCACGCGUUAACAAAUUUUAUAAAGAAAAUUUAAUUUUUAAAAUCCUUUAUUAUCAGUGGUUUUCAGACAUUUUUGUCAUUUUCUCGAAUUUAACCUGUUAAAGUGUUGAGCAAAAUCUAUGACUAAGAAUUUAAAUAGAUCUUUUGUAGCUCUUCCGGUGGUUCUAAUAUUUGUUUUCUAACACGACUUAUGAGUAGUUCUCUGUUUCCCGCCUUAAAUUAAAUGCUUCAAAGUGUUCACAUUGGAAGUGGUAGGGACGUCUUUAUUGAAGAAAUCUAUUGCGUUACUUUCAUUUCUUUCUUUUCAUUUUUUUCUCGUUGUAUUACCUGUAUCUCAACACAGGUUUUUAAGUUGGAUCCACGUCAUUAGAAAAUAUAAUAAACAUUUGUGAUAAGAAAAAGGAAAGUCCCUUAUUCACGGGACAUUGUGGUAAUGUACGAUAGUUCUAGCUGUUCCUACACAGCUGCGCUUGACUUAAAAGGAGCAACAGCAAAUGCAGGAAUAGCUACUGGUGUUGCUAUCACAUCUGGUGUUAAACAGGAAAGUUGGUCAUACAGAAGCCUUGCCUGUGGUAGCACAUUUCAACAAUUAAAGCAAAGUGUGGAAAAAGCUAAACAAGCUCUUGCGGAUAGAGGAGGUUAUCUUGCUGGUGCCUUUCCGUCAUCUUCACGAGUUAACUCUUCUUCUAUUUGUUCAGUAACAUCUCUCACUGAUGCCAGCGGUACAUACAAAGGAGGCUGGAGCCACGCUACAUCGCCAGCUCCUGGACAAGGUUACGGAAGUAAUUUAUCAAAGUCAGCACUGGAUUCACACACUCAUCUUAGACAACCUGAUCCUUAUCAAAUGUUCGGUGCGACUAGCAGUCGCCUUGCAAGUUCAGGCUCAGGUCAGAUUCAACUCUGGCAAUUUCUACUUGAACUUUUGUCGGACUCAAGUAACGCUGCAUGUAUCACAUGGGAAGGAACAAAUGGCGAGUUUAAGUUGACAGAUCCCGAUGAAGUUGCACGACGAUGGGGAGAAAGAAAAUCUAAACCUAAUAUGAAUUAUGACAAAUUAUCCAGGGCUUUAAGGUAUUAUUACGACAAAAACAUCAUGACAAAAGUUCACGGGAAGAGGUAUGCGUAUAAGUUCGAUUUUCAAGGCUUGGCUGCUGCUACACAACCAGCCACAGCUGAUCCAGCUGCUUACAAAUAUCAAAGCGAACUGUUUAUGUCUGGAUACGGACACGCAAAGCUCAAUCUAAUGCCGCCACCAGCUGCUUCAGUCUCUGUAUCCGUACCUGGUGGUCUUUUCCAGUCAGCUUCAAGUUACUGGUCUACUAGUCCUGGGGCAAAUCUUUAUGCAGGACACCACACACCGUCAGGUCAUGUACCUCCGCAUCUUGGCUCUUAUCCACAUUAUGCAUGACCCACUGCGGAGCAUUGGGGAUCUUUGGGUACCCCACGUUGAAUACCUUGCCAAGUGUCUCAUCACUGAUAUUCUACGUAUUUGCACAGUAGUACAGCUGCAAUUUACGCAGGUAAUAAAGUACUCUGUGCGCUGUGCCAUACCAUGCCAUUUCUUUAACUUCACUCUAACUGUGUCGUAUGUGUACAUACGAUUGAACUACUGAUGAUAAUAGCGAUCAUCUUUUAUGGUGCAAAACCUUUGUAUAUAGAAAUAUGAUGGAGGUGGAUAUAAAGGAAGGCAAGUCCUUCAUUGUGUAUAGGUGGUAUCUUAAGUACUUUAGAUACAAUUUUACUAUUGAAGACGACUAGGGAUAUUAUGAUAAUAUUGGCAUUACUUAUCAUCACCAAGGAGUAACAAGAAACUGAACUUUAUGACUGAACUAUAGUGGGAACAUUUUCAAAAUCUAUUUGUAGUGAAAAAGCAGUUAAUUUACUGUCUGUAAGUGAACAUAUUAUUGUUUUAUCUCUCAAACUCGAGUGUGAGAGACGUCUUGUAAAAAAAAGCAAGUUAAUAUAUAUGUUAUAAAACAA